AUGGCUUCCCGACCACCCAACUUUCUCCGCUAUCUCCGUCUGCAAACAGCUCGAAAUACUAGAUCGCAUGCGUCGCAACGAACUAUUUCCACUCCCUCUUCCCCACAGCCACCGAAAGCGUCACAUUCUAUCCCUAAUGACUCUCGCUCUCGCCUGCGCCGGUUCAAUGACCGCCUCCCUCGGUUUCUCCGCACAUAUACUACACCCUUAUUCGGUGCGCCGGUCACCCAUAUCACAUCAUUCCUAAUACUUCACGAAAUCACCGCUAUUCUUCCGCUAUUUGGGUUGGUUGGCGCAUUUCACUAUGGUGCCUGGAUGCCGGACCUUGCAUCGCAGACAGGCGAGACCAAUGCCUUUGACGAGGGAGCUGCGCGUUUUGGCCGCUGGCUGAAAAAGAAAGGUUGGGUGGAUGAGGCCGAUGUGAAUACUGUUGCGGAGCAUGAAACCACCGCAGAGAAGCCGGUCGAUCGAGCAGGGGUUCGAUUGGUUCUGGAAUUUGCUACGGCCUAUGCAAUCACGAAAGCUUUGUUGCCAGUGCGGUUGGCAGCGAGUGUUUGGGCUACACCGUGGUUUGCAAGGUCGGUCUUUACACCGACAGCAAACCUAGCUAGGCGGCUCUUCAGCAGAGGAUAA